AUGGCUUUCCAACCCAAUCCCAGGGACUCGAUGAAGUCCACAUGGCGUCGCCUGGAUCGCGGCGAGUGGACUCUCUCUCACUGGUUCUACGAAAUUCUCGGCAUCCAUCCCUCCAUCUUGGACAAGGAGAUACCUAUCCAUCCUAAGGAGGAUAAGGUACCGUGGGUGCCCGAGUGGCAUCUGCACCGCUGGGUCCUGGUUCAUUCCUUUAUUCCGCUGGCGAUUCAUCACGUUUAUACCGCCUAUACCGGGCGCAACUUGAGCCCGCUGGCCGCUUUUGUGUUCUACAGCAUCGCGUUCAAGGCCAUCGCUAUUCACGAAAUCCAAGUCCUUCGCCGUCUCGGCCAUGUCCUCGGAUUCCUUGACGGUGAUCAGCACGAGCGUGACGGCGUGCCCGACGUGGGUGUGGCAAAAGUCGCCCAUUCGCUCAUUUCGACUUCGACCUUCCGACCGGUCUUCACCGUGUUCCUCAGUUACCGCAGCACUCAGGCGCCGGGCUCGAUGAACUGGGCCUGGCUGCCGUUGGAGAUCGGGCUCUAUGGCAUUAUUCUCGACUUCUGGUUCUACUGGUAUCACCGGCUGAUGCACGAGAUCGGAGGGCUCUGGAAGUACCACCGCACGCACCACCUCACCAAACACCCCAACCCGCUGUUGACCCUCUAUGCGGACACGGAGCAAGAAUUCUUCGAUAUUGCCGGUAUCCCUCUACUCACAUACUUCAGUAUGAAAUUGAUGGGCAUGCCGAUGGGCUUCUAUGAGUGGUGGAUCUGCCAUCAAUACGUUAUGUUUGCCGAGUUGGCCGGCCACAGCGGGCUACGUCUUCUUGCCGUGCCUCCUAACACGCUGUCUUGGGCUUUGCGACUCUUCGACGCCGAACUGGUUAUCGAGGAUCAUGACCUCCACCACCGUCGCGGCUGGAAGAAGAGUGCCAACUACGGAAAGCAGACUCGCCUCUGGGACCGGAUCUUUGGCACCUGCGGCCCUCGUGUGGAGUGUUAUAAAGAAAACAUCGACCCGGACAACCGAGUCUCCAUGCCUCUUAUCUGA